AUGCAAGUAUCCAACCUGCACGUCCUCCAGCGCGUCCGCCCCCCGAUAGAAAGCGUCAAUGUCGACGACGACUAUCCCAUGCUCGACGCCAGGCUCCCCUGCAUCUGCCUGUGCGAGCUCAAAGUCGCCGUGGAGGCGCGAACCGAGCGCCUCGAACACGAGCACAGUAGCGUCGGCGAGAGGGAGCUCAACUGUCGCUUGCGUAGGCGGCAGUGGCGGGAUAUCUUCCCGAUCGGGAGAAAGCAACGAAGGUCUACGCUUGUUCCCACCUGUGGCCGCCCGCCCGUCCCGGGUGGCACACAACGUAUGGUGCCCGCAGACGGACAAGGGACUGCCAUUAAUGGCUCACUUUACUUUCCUCCGGGCACCCACCUUCGGGUCCACCGCGACCCGCGCAACUUCUACCCCAAGCCUGAAGGCUUCUGGCCCGACCGCUGGCUCCGUUCGAAGGUCGCUCUCCCCGGCAGCGUUUCGGCUGCGGAGUUCAAACACAACGGCAGCGCGUUCACCGCGCUCUCGCAGGGCCCGAUGAACUGCGUCGGGCGUGCGCUCGCGAUGCAGGAGAUGGCCCCGGAGGUGGCGGUCGACGGGCAGCUGGGCGGGCUGUACGAUAUGGCGCGGUACGAUGAUGAGUAUCAGGGCUUCUUCGUAACCGCGAGGGCGAGUGUGCCCGUCGUGUUGCAAGUUAGGAAGGGAAAGCACGCAUAA